AUGACUAAAGUACGCAAAAUUGGAAGAACGGAGGUCGCCUGCGCCGAGUGCCGGCGCCGGAAACUCAAGGUAGCCGUGUUCAGCUCCAUCAGUGCCGGUUCGCAGUUGACGACUUGCAGUGUGAAGGAACAYGACCGAGUUGCUCUCGGUGUCAAGAUCAACAACUCGAAUGUCUUUAUACGCCGCCUCAUGGCAGUGGCCGGGAGCCGAUAUGACUUGAUGAAGAGGAUAGAGAUCCUCGAGGAAAAGCUGCGAAGUGUCUCUACGACACCUUUGAACUCGGGAGAUGAUAGCGCUAUCGCCAUGGAUAGACAGAAGGAACAAGAGUCUCCUAGCCAGCGAACGGCCGUAGACGAGGGUGUGCCUGUUGACAUACUCUCAACGCACGCCUUGACGGAAGCAUCAGAUAGCGAAAUCGGAUAUUUCGGUGAGUGUCACCAUUCUCAUCUAGCAAAAAGUCUGACAGCCAGCAAAGGACCUACCUCUAACUAUGCCAUGUUUCGACUGCUCUCGAAAAUCUUCGCUCAAACAAUGAUGAUGUACCUACCGGCGAGCGGUGCGGCACAGGGCCUGGAUCCGUGCCAUCAUUGUGCCCAGCGACAUUAUGAAGCAUCCAAUGCGGGGAAUGACAGUGCGAUAGCAGCAGCAGCCCCUGCAAAUAGCGAGCUGUAUGCACUACCGCAAAAAGAUGACGCCGCGACACUUCUCAACGGCAAGCCGGCUCUACUAGAGGAGUACCAUAAAUCGGUCGACCAGCAACCACCGAGGUUUCGAAAGGUGCUGCUCGCAUUGCUGAACAUUGUCUGGGCACAUGCAGCCGCAUCGCUUGGGUCACCUCGGCAAGAAACGUUCUACGAGAGGUCGGUCGCGCUGCUUGACUCGAGGACUCUAGAACGUCCGAGUUAUGAGCUAGUGCAAACGCUGCUCCUGAUGGUCGAGUACAAGCAGAACCAUCGGCGCUCGAUAUCCAGCUAUACAACUCAUGCGCUGUGUGUCAAGGCUGCGUUUCACAUCGGGCUUCAGUCUUUGGCGGCCGCCAGAAAGCCAGAUGAGAAUAUCCUCCGCUGGCGUCUGGUGAUGGGGUUGACGCAAGGCCGACCGUUCUUGAUACCGCAAUCCCACAAUGUGGUCAACGAUGAGAUACCCAGCCCAAAUAUUAGCGACCUUUACGUCGCCAAGGUUGUGGCGUCUCAUCCCAUCAUUGAACAAGCCGUGGAAGCCUUGUACAACGGUAACUUAGAGCGGGCAGAGCCUCCCAGAAUGCAGACUCUCUCCCAAUGGGCCGAUCUAAGCUGGCAGAUCGAUGUGUGGUCAGACAGUUUGGCCUUGGUCGGAGCCCUGAUAUCGCCGUUCGAAUUAUCAGCGCCCUCGAAGGGAACAGAUGGCCGUGUCGCUGCUCGAGUACACUUGUCCAUCCAAUACUAUCGAAUGCGGAUGCUUGUCAACUUUCCUUUGAUCUCACAAUUUCUCCUGUCCCGUGAGGGAACUUCCCUCGGGCCUCGUACAACAGACCAUAUGAGGCAAAGUUUGUCUCAAAUAGUCCAGGAUGAUGGCGAUGCUGUAGGAAAGCUACGCGGGAUAAUAUCUGCGCUCAGUAACGCUGAUGAUGGCUUCACCAGCUCGUUCGCUAAACGACUCCUAGUCUUCAGAGCUCCGAGGGGCAUGGGCAGAGUUUGA